AUGUUCUACAAUACUUUUCCAGAAGACUUUUCCAUCGUAGCUAGUAUUCGUCUGCCAGGCACGGAUCAAAACCCACUGUUCGUGCUAUAUUCCGACGCGGGGGAUGAGCAACUGCAGCUAGUCGUUGGGGAAUUAGUGGAAUUGUAUUACGAGGACACACGGGGAGAUCCGCCAGACAAUGAACUAUUAACUUAUCGGGUUAACGUCGCCGACGGCAGGUGGCAUCGUAUCGGGCUUAGCAUAAAAGGGGAUUCUGCUACUCUACUUGUAGACUGCGAGAUAAGAGAAUCACUUCCUCUGAACCGCAAACCGGGAAGCACAUUCAAUCUUGCCGGAGCACUCGUUGUUGGCGCCCAAGUUACACCGGACCAGUACUAUGAGGGCGACAUAGAAGUCCUUCAAUUUGCGGACAAACCGGACGUCGCGUACGACUUAUGCAUUAACAUUGCCCCGGAUUGUGACGGCUCGGUUUCACGAUAUGCGUAUCCAAUUUCUACACAGAACAAUCAUCUAUUUGAAAACGAACUCAACGUAAAUAGAAAAUACACGUACUCUCCACCGACUGAUUCAGAUGUUGUUCAUUUAUCAACUGAUGAAAAUGAGCAAAAACCGUACGAGCAUGAUGACGGAAGCCGAUCAGAUGUCAACAAUGAGUCGGACAGCCUGUGGGCCGCCGCAUCUAGGGAUCUUUCAACGUCAAGACCGUUUUGGCAGGGAUCUGGUGUUUUUGCUCAGGUCGGGCAAUUCGCUACAACGACGGAAACUGAUGAAAACAGUAUCUUCGGAAGUUUCACCGACAUUGAUGAAUUUAAUUCAAACUCCUUAAACAAUUUUGUUUCACCUACUGAAAUAACAACUUUAACAACAUCAAAGGCAAUACGACGGGACAAUGUCGAUGAGAAUCUAUUUACCACUGAGGGAUCUUAUGCGCCAAUCACGACCACCGAAGAUACGGACUGGCUAACUCACCCACCGGAAACUAACUUGGGAAAUUCCUCUAUUGUUUACGACCCAACUGACAAUUAUUACGACUAUGGCGGUACCGGCGUUUACUUGGGCCCACGUGGUUAUCCGGGUCCACCUGGUCCACAAGGGCCCCGAGGACCAAAGGGCGAACCUGGUAGGCCGGGUGCAGAAGGGCAACAGGGUUUCACAGGGCCUCCUGGACACGUUUUUGUUGUACCAUUACUUCAAUCCGGCAACGAUAAGGGGCCCGAUGCUCAAGCGGAAGCGCUUAGACAAAUGCUCACUCAGCACAUGACUGCAAUGAGAGGAGUUGAUGGGCCAAUGGGUCUGUCUGGGCCACCAGGUCCUGAAGGCGAUAUUGGACCUGAAGGAACAAAAGGAGAGCAGGGUGAACAAGGAGAACCGGGUCCACCAGGGCCAAGGGGUCCUCAAGGACUACCAGGCCGAAUAGGGAGACGUGGUCACGCAGGCAGAGAUGGAGAAAGGGGGCCACCGGGCACGCCAGGACCUAAGGGCGAGCAAGGAUACCCGGGACUUUCUGGGAUGCCUGGAGAUAAAGGAGAACGCGGCACGCCCGGUCUCCCGGGAGAAACUGGUGCCCCUGGUCAAGAUGGACCGCAAGGUGACGACGGUCCUACAGGACCCGCGGGCUUAUCUGGGGAACUGGGUCCUCGAGGUUUCAUGGGACCCAGAGGGUUUCCAGGUCUCAUUGGAUAUCCCGGCAUUCCCGGAAACGAAGGGCCCCAAGGACCUAAAGGUACUGCUGGUCAACCUGGGCCCUCAGGUGCGCAAGGGCAACCAGGACCCAUGGGACCACCAGGCUCACCAGGCCCGCAAGGCCCUAUUGGCGCCCCAGGAAUACAAGGACCACAAGGGAAACCUGGAAUAUCAGGACUACCAGGAUCAGAAGGAUCGCCAGGAACACCAGGAAGUCCUGGCCAACAAGGGUCUCCUGGCGAAGUGGGACCACAAGGGCUACAGGGUAUGUUAGGAUUCCCAGGACCUCGUGGGCCUAAAGGUGAUGAUGGCCCUCGUGGAUUACCCGGUGAUAAAGGAGAUAAAGGAAUUCGAGGUAUUGAAGGAGAAAAGGGUGAGAUGGGAUUGAAGGGUGAAAGAGGUUUACCGGGAGAGUUAGGAGCACCUGGAAUCGAAGGACCAGAAGGACAAAAGGGGACUGAAGGGCCAAGAGGCGAGACUGGAUCUAUCGGGCCCGCCGGCGAAAAAGGUGCUACAGGACCCCAAGGCUUAGCUGGAUAUCCAGGGAACCAGGGGGAAAAGGGUGAUAAAGGCGCUUCGGGUAGAAGAGGCAGACGUGGAGCGAAAGGAAUUGUGGGAAUGAUCGGUAUUCCAGGAGACAGAGGGGAAACUGGACCAAGAGGGUAUAGAGGCCCAAGAGGUCGACGUGGUUCUGAUGGACCCCCAGGUCCAAAAGGUGAUACGGGUCAACCUGGAUCACCGGGACCGAUAGGAGAAGGAGGGCCUCAAGGACUUGAAGGCACUCGGGGAUUUCCCGGGACAAUGGGACCUCCCGGCUCUGAUGGAAAACCGGGUUUACCUGGUCCCUCCGGUGAACGCGGUCCAGUGGGCGAUACUGGUAAACCGGGUGUGAUGGGGCCUCCGGGAGCUGUUGGUCCCCAGGGGCCGAAUGGAGAGUUAGGGCCACCCGGGCCGCAGGGACCGUCUGGCGUCCCGGGCACACCCGGUGAUAUGGGAGCGCCAGGUGAGAUGGGUAAAGAGGGCCCACCCGGCUUACCCGGCCCUGAAGGCAAGCCUGGCCCCGCAGGGUCGCCCGGCCCACCCGGACACCAAGGAGACCCUGGAGUGCCUGGAACAGCCGGAUCGCCAGGAGCUAAAGGAGAUUUGGGUCCUCCAGGUCCUUCUGGUAUACGAGGCGAUAAGGGAGAACAGGGAGAACCUGGCCAAGAGGGAUCCCAAGGUCCUAUGGGUCGGGAAGGCCCCCGAGGACCGCCGGGAUCUGGUGGGCAAAAAGGAGAAAUUGGAGAACCAGGACCGGUUGGCCCUGUUGGGCGUGAUGGAUUACCCGGCCCCAGAGGAUUAACUGGUGCGCCUGGCCCCGUGGGACCGCCUGGUGAAGAUGGUGACAAAGGUGAAGCUGGUCCACCCGGAGAAAAAGGAUUUAAAGGCUCAGCGGGAGAACCUGGGCCUCAAGGUUCACCGGGAAUUCAAGGAUUAAGAGGUGAAACUGGCCCCGUUGGAUUGCCAGGGGAAAAGGGCCGACAAGGUGAUCCCGGGCCAAUAGGGGCAACUGGCACUGACGGAGCCCGAGGGCCCCAAGGCCCACCUGGCGUUACGGGUCCCCAAGGUGAAAAGGGCCAACAAGGAAUUAGAGGAGAUAAAGGAGAUAUUGGAUCUAUAGGUGCAACUGGUCCGGUUGGUCUCACCGGACCUCCGGGACGGCGAGGUGCGAGAGGAAUUCAAGGUGAACCUGGCCCCAGGGGUCCAGAGGGCCAACGCGGGGAAAUUGGAAAUGCUGGUGCUCCGGGACCACCGGGACCUCAAGGCCCUGAAGGGAAACAAGGACCAAGAGGUGCCGUUGGACCCAAAGGCGAAGAUGGUCCUCCAGGUUUGCAGGGUGAGCCAGGAAUAAAGGGCCUAGCAGGAUUGGAGGGUCCAAAAGGAGAUGCCGGCCCUGCAGGAUUUCCUGGUGAUAGAGGAGAGCCUGGACCUCAAGGAGUAAAAGGGGAACCCGGUGCUGACGGUCCAGAAGGCAGCACAGGACCGCCCGGUCUCCCGGGACCUGUUGGACCACCUGGAAAGCCUGGGGAAACUGGCUUACCUGGGAGCCCUGGAGCGGAGGGACAAGCUGGUGCUCAGGGUAGUCCUGGCAUUCCUGGCGAAAAAGGCGACAUAGGCCCCAAAGGCGCUGUAGGGGAACCUGGGCCAAUUGGACCACCCGGGCCAAACGGUUUAGAAGGUCAACGCGGUAUCAGAGGAAGCCCUGGUCCAAAUGGUGAAGUAGGUCCCCCAGGUGUCAUGGGACCGGCUGGUCCUCCAGGUAAACCUGGCCCACCUGGCGCGCCUGGACUAAGAGGAGAGAAGGGAAACACAGGGCCAAAAGGUCAUAUUGGAGAAACGGGCACAAUGGGUAUAAAAGGCGAUCAGGGUGAACAAGGACCACAGGGCCCACCAGGACCGGCAGGACCACCAGGGCUUAAAGGAGACUUAGGACCGAUCGGACCACCGGGAGCUAAGGGAGAUAUAGGUCCAGCGGGUCUGCCGGGCCCCGAAGGCCCUCUUGGCCCAAAGGGGCAAAAUGGAGCUGACGGCAGACCAGGUCUCCCGGGGCCGCCGGGAUUACCCGGCCCCCCAGGACCUCCCGCAGCCGCGCGCCACCUACCUCAGGAAUUGUUUGCCUCCUACCGACGACGCAGAAGCACUCUCGAUUCAUCAGAGUCGAGCACGGAAAACGACUUGGAAGACGAUAUUGAGGAAGUGGAGUGGACUCGGGAAAUUAUGUCUGGAGUUCUAGCGGCCCGGUCCACAUUAGAAUCUGUGAAAAGGCCAUGGGGCACACGCUCAAAUCCCGCGUUAUCUUGUAAAGACCUGCGAAAUUCACAUGUCAAUGUAACCGAUGGUUUCUAUUGGAUCGAUGCAAGAGGUGGCGGUGUCAGUGGACAACCAAUUCGAGUGUACUGUAGAGGCCACAACACUUGCGUUUAUCCCGAUAUCAUGGAACCAAAUGAAAUUUACACAAGCUAUGAUCCAGUUCGUAAAUUUUCCCAAAUUACCAACGGGCAUCGCAUUUCAUAUGAAAGCCAAGGAUUAGGAUCUAUCCAAAUACGUUUCUUAAAAUUAUUAUCGCAGGGAGCGAGACAAAAUUUUACCUACUCAUGCAUCGAAGCGUCAGCUCCACAAAGAUCUGAUAUCCCCUUGGACAUAGUAAGGGCAAAUGGAAUUAAAUUGUACGGACAUAACUCCGCCGAAUUCAAAGAAACUCAUAUAAUAAAAGACGACUGUAAGGAGGGUAAAGGCGAAAUUGUAUUGGAAAUCAAAACCUCUCGAACUGACCGAUUGCCCAUUAGUGAUUUCCAACCACUGGCAUUCUUUGACGCAUCACACCAGUUUACUUUCACUGUAGGACCGAUAUGUUUCAAA